GUAAUUAGCUAGCUACCCAGCCAAACAUUACAAGCAAGCUAGUUUCCUUUAGCUUCCGACCUUGGCAUGAACCAGUUAGCUACUAUCGUUAGCUGCUAGUGAAGAAGGGAGGCGCAAACUAACUUGUCUGCAGUAAAGAAGCUGAUGUUAGUCAGAAGCUUAAUUAAGACUGUCUUUGUCAAUAACUUCAACAUAUCAGCUGGUUAGCUAGUCGUGCGUGGCAAGCCCAAAAGAAGAACCCACGCGUACAACCGCUAAUAUAUAACUAGUUAACUUGGCGAUUAACGUUAGUAACAGUCUCACAAGACUGUGUAUGUGAUGCAGUCAAAAAAGUCCCGUCUGAAUAAUCACUGGAACAGACCCAAAUGAGCGAAUGCACGGAGCAAUGCAGCGGGUUCGAAUUUAACAUGGACGACUGUGAAAAGUUUGAAAUCUCUGAAGACAGCGUCAACAAAGGAACGGAGCAGAUUCGUCCGGAAUGCUUUGAGUUACUCCGGGUUUUAGGAAAAGGAGGCUAUGGAAAGGUUUUUCAAGUUCGUAAGGUGUCGGGUGCCACUUCGGGAAAGAUUUUCGCCAUGAAGGUCUUGAAGAAGGCGAUGAUAGUGCGUAACGCUAAGGACACGGCACACACCAAGGCAGAGAGGAACAUCCUGGAGGAGGUGAAGCACCCAUUCAUAGUGGACCUCAUCUAUGCCUUCCAGACAGGGGGCAAGCUGUACCUCAUCCUGGAGUACCUCAGUGGUGGGGAGCUGUUUAUGCAAUUGGAGAGAGAGGGGAUCCUUGUGGAGGACAAAGCAUGCUUCUAUCUGGCAGAGAUUUCAAUGGCUCUGGGACACCUGCAUCAGAAAGGCAUCAUCUACAGAGACCUGAAGCCAGAAAACAUCAUGCUCAACAACAACGGUCACAUCAAGCUCACAGACUUUGGACUGUGUAAAGAAUCAAUCCACGAUGGCACGGUUACUCACACUUUCUGUGGCACCAUAGAAUACAUGGCCCCAGAGAUCCUGAUGAGGAGUGGACACAACCGGGCUGUAGACUGGUGGAGCCUGGGAGCUCUUAUGUAUGACAUGCUGACAGGAGCACCACCAUUCACUGGUGAAAACAGGAAGAAGACCAUUGACAAAAUCUUAAAGUGUAAAUUGAACUUGCCACCUUACCUCACACAAGAAGCCAGGGACCUUCUCAAAAAGCUGCUAAAACGCAACGCCUCGUUACGGCUGGGGGCGGGCCCAGGAGACGCCUCAGAAAUUCAGUCCCACCAAUUCUUCAGGCAUAUUAAAUGGGACGAACUUCUCGCUCGCAAAGUGGAGCCUCCAUUCAAGCCUGUUCUGCAAUCAGCUGAUGACGUGAGCCAGUUUGACUCCAAGUUCACCAGCCAGACUCCUGUUGACAGCCCUGACGACUCCACGCUCAGUGAAAGUGCCAAUCAAGUUUUCCUGGGCUUUACGUAUGUAGCCCCCUCUGUGCUUGAAAACGUCAAGGAGAAAUUCCCCUUUGAGCAAAAAGUCCGCUCACCAAGAAGGUUUCUGGGAAGCCCAAGAACACCAGUGAGCCCAGUGAAGUUUGCUGGGGGGGAUUGCUGGCCCCGGGCCCCCACCCAGGCUAGAGUCUCGUCCCUGCUGUUCCCUGGGGGCUCUGGGUCUGGAGACCAGCCCAUGGAGGUUGGUGUGGAGCAGAUGGACGUGAGCUCCAAAGCUACUGAGGUGUCUGCCCCCCUGCCCAUCAAAAAGCCCUCUGGCAACACCACCACAGGCGGCCCCUUCAAGAAGCAGGCCUACCCCCUGAUGUCCAAACAUCCCGAGCACCUCCGGAUGAAUCUAUGACGCUCAGCUCCAUCUAGAACUCCUCUUUUCUAAUCCCCCCCCUCCUUUUUUUCUUUUUUUUCUUUUAAAAGCCUUAAAGAAAUGACUGACGGAGCGCCGACCAUCGGCACCAAUCACCAGCUCCUCCAGACGCACCUUCCAUCUCUGCCACCCUCCCUCUCCUCUCUUUCCCUGUUUGAGCAGCUUGGGAGCCACAUGGGGCUUUCUACCCUAGCAGAUAUGAACAAACAAUAGCAGUCUCCUGUUAGGGAGGCGAGGGAGAGAACUCCCUCCCACCAAUUAGAGUUUUAGUCAGACAACCAAAGGUCUUGACUACUUCCUAAUGCCUAGUAGGGUGUAGCUGCAGGAAGAGAUGAGAGCAGUGCUGCUGCCUGAUUCUUGUGUGCUCCACUGGGAUAGCUUCUCAUAUGAUAUACUGGUGCUUUGUACUUUGGGUGAGUGGGGACAGACAGUGUUACUCAUGCAGCAAUGAUUUUCCUCACCAGGAGUGAGACAUUAUUGAUUUCUGAAGCCGUGUAAUAGACUUUUGAAGGCUGAAAGGGUGGAGAGGAUUUCCCCCUUAAACGUCUCUGCUUCCUUUUUACAGGAUACAGUAUAGAUGGUGAAAAUUACAAUGAACACAGAACACAAUAUUCUCUACAGUUCUCAUGCUAUCGUAUAUUAGGCUACAUUGUUGCAUAAAAAAAAAAAAGAUGGAAUCCACAAUGCCUUUUUUUCUGCUUUGUCACAUCCAGUCAGGAUAAAUCCUGUUGAACACGGCUGGGUCGUGUUCAGUAGGUAGAACACGUAUUGAAACUGAAUUUAACAGGAAGGUGCCAUCUGAACUCGUCCAAUGAGAACAGAUUUCCGUGAGCCUUACUGAACAUGACCCUGGUGUGGUGUCAUUGAUGGAGGAGGAGCAGCUUAAAGCAGACAGAAAAACACGGUGUAUGCUAUUUCAGCUGAAUGCAACACCUCCUGCACCAUCUGUCUUCUGACUGGAUCUCUCGGUAGAUACAAAACCUUUCUGUCUGUCUCUGCAUGUAGUACAUCGAAUGUAAACUGACUCGAAAUGCCUUUUCGAGUGUCACUUACUCAGAUGACCCACAUGAGUUCUCUUCACGGUUAAGAUGCAUGCAGGUUUAUUAUAAACCUAUUCUUUUUGGGCGUCCAGAAAAUGUGUCAUUGUCAGAUACAAACCGAGGGCUCGUCUUUUGAAUUGAAAGAAGCAAAGCAUCAAGGCCAAAUUCUCAUCAUCACUGCCUUUUGUAUUUAGCUUAUCGCCAGGUUACAUUUGUAUAAUGCACCUGGCUUGGUGCUUCACGGAUGCUUCCCUCAGUCUUUUGAACCCUUGGUGGUAUCAGUAGGGCUGUACCGCUAUGCUGGUUCCAUUUGAACUAGUGAUUGUUUGAAAUGUGUGGUGACUUGACGGUGUUGUGUGUGUAUGUGGUCUUUAACUGUGCGCCUCUGGAGAAAAGCCAUUUGAUCCUCUUUCCCAAACAUGAAACUUAGUCAAAUGAAUAAUAAUCCAACUAUAAGGUUCCAUCUAGCUGAAGGCAGUGUUCACACGACCAAGAGAAUGGUCAUACUUAACCAAAUGUGUCUGUUAUUUGAUAAAUGUGAAAAUGUUAACAUUUUACUUUUUAAAAACAUACUUUCAAUAAGCAAACAGUUGUACUAUUCUGUUCAGUGAAUGUGUAUCCUGACAGAGGAUUUCCUAUUCCAAGACUGCUGAGGUUUAUUAAAAUAGACAUUAUCACCCCCCCAUCCUCCCCCCUCCCUCGUGUGUGUGUGUGCUUGUCAAUGAGGGAAUGGACCAAGUGCUUUAUCUUCAGGUUCCAUUGGAGAGGAUGUAUGGUGUGCUUCAGAGCAACUUCCAUAGUGACCAUGGCUUAGCUUUGAAUACAUUUUUAACAAUCAACAACUUCUAUGGUGAAUUAUUUUUUUUCCUACUGCAUCAGUCCCACUAUGCAAACAAUGUAUUUAUUGCAUAGUCAGUUGUAUGUUUGGCACGCAUGGAUCUUUUGUAAAUGACAACUUUAUUUUGUUUAUUUUAUUUAUUUUUUAGAUAUUUGCAUAUGGUUAUCAUAUGAAUAUCUCUCUUGAGAAACCUCAAAUGCAGCAGUUAAUUCUUUAUUCCAAACUACAACGUCCUAAGUGUUUUAGUAUAUUUAUUGUACUACAAUAGAAUCAUAUUGUAGUACUUUUUGAUAACUUUUACCUGGUUCUUUUAAUUCUGAACUUGAACUUUAAGAUGCCUGUCGAGUGUUGGAAAUAUGGGCAGCUUGUGUGUGUGUGUGUGUGUGAGAUUUAAAAAUAAAUAAUAAUUGCAACUUUGUAUGUGUAUGGAAUGCUAUUGAGACAGGAAGAUGAUUGGACCAUGUUUCUUUCUAGUAGUGUAGUCUCUAAAUGAUGCUCCUCUAACCUGUUAAAUACUAAAAUGAUUGUAAUGAUCUGAGUGGGAUUCAUCUCAAGUGGUUUGGAGCUUGAGGGCCUUUUGUAUACUCAUUAGAAGACCGCUGCAAACAAUAUUUCAUCCCUGUAUUUAUUCCAUGACUCGGGAUGUUGAUUUGUAAUAUCAUGUAAGUGGAUGGAUGAGAACAAAAUAAAAAGUGUUGCUGAUUUGAA